GCCAUGCGGGACUUUGCAAGUGUGAGCACCGCACUGACCCUGGCAGCGGUGUGUGCCUGCACCGUGCUGCUGACGGGAGAUGUGCUGGCUUUCACUGCGGGUGUGAGCCGCGGCCCACAGCUGCCACCCCAUGCCACAGGUGCCUCGUCCCUAGCCGGCAGCAGCAUGCCCUUUGCAUCGGCCCAGGAGGUGAUGGGCGCCAAGGGCGUGGUGUGCUUUGGCAUGGGCUUCGGCGUUCUGCUGGCUUUGAGCCGGGGGUUGUCGCAGUCUCGCGUGUCUUGCAAGGCAGAGGGCUCAGACAUCGCCGUGAAGGAGAAGGCGGACAUCUCCAAGAUUGCAUACCUGCAGGACGUCCCACGCACCAUCCUGGAGGCGGACGUCCUUGAGAAGCUGCUGAUGAACACGCCGCGCGACCAGUGGGAGGACCCGCCUGAGGACACAUACCUCUACACCCUGAAGACCUUUGCAGAGGUGUACGGGCCUGGCAAGGCCACCAAGAUGGGCUGGUGGGACUACUUCAGGCUCAAGCUUGACCUGCCUCCGGGAUUUGAGCUGUUGGAUGAGGAUGAGAUGAAGGUCGCCGCGGACUACGACAAGCUCAUGAUGGAAGGCAAGAUCCCCUUUGCGGUCCCUGGUCCUGCUGGAUUCUGGUACACAGGUGCCGUCAUCCAGUGGAAGGGCAAAGAACAAUUUGCAGGUGAUCAGGUGCAGACUCUGACAGAGAACGGCCGCUUUUCGAAGCAGUUCCUGGCCAACUUGGCCUUCUACCGUGACGGUCUCAAGCCUUGGCAGCGCGGCUUGGAGAUUGGCAUGGCCCAUGGCUACUUCCUGAUCGGGCCCUUCACGUCUUUGGGUCCCUUGAGGAACACUCCGGAGGCAGCCACUGUGGGCCUGCUGUGCGGAUGUGCCAUCGUUGGCCUGGUCUCAAUCGGCGGCCUGAUCUUUGGCAGCACCAUCAAGCCCACCCGCUUCGACAAGGAGGGUGACAAGCCUGCCUCUGGCUUCAUCGAGAUGAUCAACUGGCAUGCCAUUGGUGGCCUGGGAGGAGCUGGCUUUGCGCAUGCCCUCAUCACGGUCUUCGGCUCGUGAUGAUGUUGCACGGCCCUCUUUGUAGCAGGUUUGCACUCUGAUCUUAGUCUGUGAGCCUUGCAUACUUUGCAGUC